AUGGUUCCUUCUGUCCUCGCAGCUGCCGGCGCGUUGGCCGGAGCAGCGUAUCUCAAUGCACGCCUCUCCCUCGCCGAUGACCUGGUGUUCUUCGGCGUCACCGGCUCGGUUCUCCGGCAGGUCUCCCGCGCCAUCCGGGCCGACAAACUCAACUUCUUCUAUCUGCUCGAGGAGCGGGCGCUGAACAAGACCACGGCGGGGAGGCCGUUCAUCGUGUUCGAGGGCAAGUCGUACACCUACGCCGACACCUAUGACAAGGUUCUGCGAUUCGGCGCCUGGCUGCGCGAGCGCCGCGGGGUGCAGCCGCGAGACAUCGUGGCGCUCAACUACCAGAACUCGGAGACGUUCGUGUUCCUGUGGUUUGCCCUGUGGGCCAUCGGCGCGAAGGCCGCCUUCAUCAACUACCACCUGCAGGGCGCCGUCUUGGCGCACUCGCUCCAGGCGUCGACCGCGAAGCUGGUCAUUGUCGAUCCGAGCGUGGCCGGGAAUGUGACCGAGGAGGUGCGGGAAGCGCUGCCCGGGACGAACUUCCUCGUCUUCUCGCCCGAGGCCGAGGAGGAGGUUCGGAACACGGAGCCCGUCCGCUAUCCGGACGCGGUGCGGUCCGAGAGCGAUCGUGUUGCCAUGGCCAUUCUGAUAUACACGUCAGGCACGACGGGCAUGCCGAAGCCCGCCGUGCUCUCGUGGGCCCGACUCUACCUGGCUUCCAUGAUGGCGGCCAAGGGAGCAGGCCUGCGGCCCGACGAUGUUUUCUAUACGUGCAUGCCCCUCUACCACACCUCCGCUUCCUGCGUGGGGGUGUGCGGCGUGCUGGUUGCCGGUGCCAGCGCCGCCAUCGGCCGCCGCUUUUCGACCAAGACGUUCUGGAAGGAGGUGCGCGCGGCAAACGCGACCGUCAUCCACUAUGUGGGCGAGACGGGCCGCUAUCUGACGACCGCUCCGCCCGAGAUCGACCCGGCUACCGGUGCGAACCUGGACAGGGCGCACCGCGUGCGGCUGGCCGUCGGUCACGGCCUGCGGCCGGACGUCUGGGAGCGGUUCCGGGACCGGUUCGGUAUCGAUACCAUCUUCGAACUCUACGCGGCCACCGACGGCACCCUCGGCUUCUGGAACCGGUGUCGCAACUCGUUCGGCACAGGCGCCGUCGGCCGCUACGGCUUCUUCUCCAGCGCCUUCCUCCAGAGACGCUCAGCCAUCGUCCGCGUGGACAACGAGACGGAUCUUCCGUGGAGGGACCCCAAGACGGGUCUCUGCCAGCGCGUCAAAACCGGCGAGGUGGGCGAAUUCCUCGUCCUCCUGCCCGCCGACGACAUCAAACAAGCCUUCCAGGGAUACCUUGGCAACCAGAAGGCCACAGAGUCCAAAAUCUUACGCGAUGUGUUCCGGAAAGGCGAUGCCUGGUUCCGAUCAGGCGAUCUGAUGCAAUGGGAUACCGACGGGCGAUUGUACUUCAUCGACCGCAUCGGCGACACGUUCCGCUGGAAGAGCGAAAACGUGUCGACGACGGAGGUGUCGCAGGCGCUGGGCCUGCACCCCGCCGUGCUGGAAGCCAACGUGUACGGCGUGCAGCUGCCGCACCACGACGGCCGCGCAGGGUGCGUGGCCAUCGUGCUGGACUCGCCGCACCCUCCGCGGCCGGAGCUGCUGGCGAGCCUGGCGGCGCACGCGAGGGAGACGCUGCCGCGGUACGCGGUGCCGCUGUUCCUGCGCCUGCUCAAGGACGUCGGCAUGCAGAACACGGGCACGCACAAGCAGCAGAAGCACGUCCUGCGCCAGCAGGGCGUCGAUCCCGCCAAGGUCCAGGGCGACGCCCUGUUCUGGCUGAAAGACGGGACCUACGUCCCGUUUGGCGAGCGCGAGUGGAGGGCCCUGCAGCAAGCGGCCGUCAAGCUGUGA